CAAAUCACCCUGUCAUUAUCGUCGUAAUAGCUACGUGUCACUCUUUCCUUGUAACAAGUUGGUGGAACUUUGUUUUUAAUUUUCAAACAAGAUGUCUGCGAAUUACGAAAGGAAAAUAGUCAUUGUUGGGAAAACCGGAAAUGGCAAGAGUUCUCUAGGGAAUGUUUUACUUAGAAGGCGUGCGUUUGAUGAAGCACGUAGCUUUAAUGCUAUCACUAAAGAAUGUAAAGUGGAGAGAGAUGAGGGAAAUAUAUCUAUUGUUGACACUCCUGGUCUUUUCGAUAGCGACGGAGAGAAAAGUCUGGUAAUGCAAGCUUUGGAGGUCCAAACGGCAAUAACACAACUUUGCCCAAAUCCCCAUGCCUUCCUUAUUGUGCUAAAUGGAUCCACCAGGUUAACGCAAGAAGAGUUGUCAACUAUUGAUGUCCUUCGCAUUAUUUUCGGUGAGCAGUGUUUGACAAGGGCUAUCAUAGUUUUAACUCAUAUUGAAAAUAAUGAAGACAAAACACAGCUGAGAGCAAGGCUCGACAAAAGUAGCGGAAUGAUCAACUUGAUUAAGCAGUGCGGAAACAGGUUUGCUAGAAUAGACAAUAGGGAACCAAAACCUGAGCAUAUAGAACGUAUCAACAGACUUGUGGAUAAGGUAUCUCGGGCAGGAAAUGUCAGCUUCAAGAAUACAUUUCUGUAUGUACACCAGCAGGUGCUUCGAGAAGCACUUAAAACCCAUGAUAGUGGAAAAGUACACGAGCAAAUUAAAAGGUUGUCUGAGCAAAUCAUGCAGGCUGUGGAAGAAGAAAGGGAGUUGAAUAAAAAACGCUGGAAAGCAGCAGGCGUAGGUGCGGUUUGUGUUGCUGCAGGGAUAGCUUAUUUUGGAGGAGGCCCUACAGCAAUUGCAACAACAGUUACAAAUCCUGAAGCGGUUCGAGUGGUAAUUGAAAAAUCUGUAAAUGUUGCAGUUGGGCUGAUUAGUUCUACUCAUUGACGAGUUUUGUUUUAACUGAUGCUGACGGCGGGAACAUCAAAAUAGUUCCACCGCUUGAAAAACUUUAUUUGUGAGAGGAAAAUUAUAUACAUGUAGUACUAUUCAGUAUUUAUCUGAUUAGCUAUCCUUUGUUGUUGUUGUUUUUGUUGUUGUUGUUGUAUUGUUAUGGUUUCACUUCAAUAUAUAUGUAGUUAAGUAAUAUAUAUCGUCUUUCCAAAAAUGACAAUAAUAUUAAUUACGGUGAUGAGAGGAUUUCGCCAAAUUCGCUUUAGACAUAGUUAAAGUUAGAAGGUAUCAAGAAAUUUAAUACAUGUAUACAGGUAGAACUUUCAUAGAAACAUGUCUUAACUUUUUUUUUUCACUUGUUCUCUCUAGUAAGAGGAUUAUUGUUGUCACUGAUUAAUGUUUUAAUCUUUACUGAUAUAAUCAAAUAAAUUGCGUCUUGUAUCAUG